AUGAGUACAGGCGAAAAUAUGGGAAAAGCGGAAAAUAAUUUUAUUGCCUAUUUGGAAAAACAUGACGUGAUAAAUCACAUAAGCCGUGUUCUACUGAAAUUAUUUGAAGAGAAGGAAAGACCUAAUGACGCUAUAAGAUUUAUAUCUGAUCAUCUUCACGAUGUAGAUGCGGACGUACCAAUUGAUGAAUUGAAACGAGAAAAUUUGUUCCUUCGUCAGGAAAAUCAAAGAUUAAUAAAAAAGUUUCAAGAACUGAAUGAAACCUUAAAUAAAUUGAGUAUUAAUGGAAGGGGUGACGUGCACUCUUGA